AGGACAGAGUUGAAGGUGUCUACCUGUAGUGGACUGCAGUUACCUCUAGUGCUGUACCUGCACCUUGCUCCCGUUUAUGGGCAAGCUCCGCCGUGCAGCCGCGCAAGUCUUCUGUCGCCCGCUGCUGCUGCGGAAUGUCGACAAGUGACUGGCGGGGAUGACAACCGGUGCCAACGUGAGGGAUUCUGGCCUGACUAUGACCGCAUCGAGCACAUCCAAAUUCAAUCAUGGCAGACCGAAAGGAUGGGACAAACUGACGGCCGCGAUUUGGCGACGUGGUUGCUGAAAGUCUAA